AUCAAGAUUAGGUUGUUCCGUGCCCGUCCGCUUCGUUCUUGGCCACCUAUGGCCGUCUCCGCCGCUGUCGUGUCGUCGCCCUUCCUCGGCUCACGCUCUCUCAUCACCCUCACCCGCUCUAAACGCUUCCUCCGCUUGGCGUCAGCCGGAACCCCCCUCGUUCCCAUCGGUGCGUCCCGCCGGUGCAUGGUUCGUCGGGCCGGCAACUCGUCCUACUCGCCCGUUACCGCCGGGUCGCGUGGCGGUUCCGGGUUCAGCGACCGACCGCCGACAGAGAUGCCGCCGCUGUUUCCAGGCUGUGACUAUGAGCACUGGCUCAUUGUUAUGGACAAGCCCGGAGGCGAGGGGGCCACCAAGCAACAGAUGAUUGAUUGCUACAUCCAAACCCUAGCGAAGGUCGUCGGCAGUGAGGAGGAAGCGAAAAGGAGGAUUUACAAUGUAUCCUGUGAGCGCUACUUUGGGUUUGGAUGCGAAAUCGAUGAGGAAACAUCCAACAAGCUCGAAGGUCUUCCUGGUGUUCUCUUUGUGCUGCCAGAUUCCUAUGUUGAUGCUGAGAACAAGGAUUAUGGUGCUGAAUUAUUUGUUAACGGAGAGAUAGUUCAAAGAUCACCUGAGAGGCAAAGGAGGGUUGAACCAGUUCCCCAAAGAGCUCAAGACAGACCCAGAUACAACGACAGAACUCGGUAUGUUAGGCGGAGGGAGAAUCGGCAGUGAGUGUGUGACCGCUACAAAGUAAAACAUAGGCUGCUCUGAUGAGACGAUCAGUGGUUGUUUAUGUCGCGAUUUUCCUGUGAGCAAUGUAUGGUUGGAUGAAAGCUCUUGUUGCUUGUGAAGCUCGAGGGCUUUGACAUGCAGUGGCUUCGGACCUGUUGUCGACGCUUGAUGUACUUACCAAUUCACUUGUGCUUUUGUAUUGCAUCUCAAGUUUGGCGAGUAAGGUACCACAAAACGUUGGUGCGAUGAACCUUUGGCUAGUUGUUAUUGUAGUUUUCUCGGUAUUAAUGCUUGCGAUUUAGCUCA